AUGGCAGAGCAAGAAGUCUACGGCGAUAAAUUCGCCGGUCACUCGCCUUCACUUCCCAGAAACACCUUCACCGGCUCUGGUGCUGAACAAGACGUCUACGGAAGUAAAUUUGGGGGUCAUUCCCCUUCACUUUCACUUCCAAGAGGCUCUUUCACUGGUUCCGGUGCCGAACAAGAUAUCUAUGGCGGUAAAUUCGCUGGUCGCUCGCCACCACUUUCACUUCCUAGAGACUCUUUCAAUGGAUCUGGCGCCGAACAGGAUAUCUUUGGCUCUCACUUCAAUCGCACCUCAUACCAAGGUCUCACCACCAGCACUUUGGGCCUGAUGCACUCUGUCGUUCUACCUUCCUUUACUCUUCAUGCUGGUCUUUCUGCCGUAGCCUAUGGAAUUUCCCGAUACACCGAUCGUGUCGAGGGCAAGGAUUUUCUGUGGGCAUCUGGUAUGACACUGAAUGCUUGGUGGAGCGCUAUUGGUUCUCGCGUUGUCAAUGAUGGUCUCUCGAUCUCUGAGGCCUGGUCUGAUCUCAUCUACCCGCAAAAACUUCUUCUUCUUGGUGCUACAGCUUGGGGUGUCCGUCUUACUUCUCGUGUUGUAUCCCGAAGUUUGAAACGUGGAGAGGAUGACCCUCGGUAUGCUACUGAGAAAAAGGAUCCUGGUUUUUGGAACAAGGCUUUGUUUACCACAUUCUUGCCCGAGGCUAUUGCUCAGACCAUCAUCUCUCUUCCCUUUACUCUUCCUUUCCGUAAUGUCAACGAAUGUGCUCUGGCUUCUCCUGUUACUGCCUACGGUCCUUACUUGUGCGAUCUCGCUGUCUUUUUGUUCUCUACUGGGUUCACCCUCGAGACGCUGGCUGAUACCCAGCUUGAAUCUUUCAAGAAGAGUAACCGUCCAGGUGUGAACCAAGAAGGAGUAUGGAGCAUUGUUAGACACCCCAACUACCUCGGGGAUGCCCUCGUUCACGCCUCAUUCCCCAUUCUCCUACUCAGCGCUGGUAUCCUUCACCCCGUUGCCAUUCUUGGACCCAUCGCCAACUACGUCUUCUUGCGCUUCAUCGGAGGUGACAAGCAGAACGAGGAAAGCCAGGCCGAGCGAUACUCUAAGCACGAUGCCGUCAAGGCUAAAGACUUCGAACAAUACCAAGAGCAAAAGAACAGCUUCUGGCCCAAGCCGGAAGAGCUUAGCAACGGUUGGACUACGGGAGUACUAGCUGCCGGUGUUGUCGGUGUCUUUCUUGAGAGGUCACUCCGGAAUGUGCUUUAA